UACGAAAAGGACAGAGAGGCAUCUACCACUUCAUUUACUGGGGUGGGGGGGUGCCUUGCUUUCCUCUUUUGGUCUUCUCCAAACACCGGGUGGCUCAGGACACUUUACUAGCCAACAAGACAACUCACAGCCAACAGAGGAGGCAAGAAGAGGAAACCCGCCCUCCCGCUUCCGCACGCUCCGUUCUCUUAGCUCGCCAACCACAGAGCCGACGCUGCCGGAGCCCCUGCUCAGCUGACCCGUGCCCGCCGCCUCCGGAUUCCCGAGCCUCAGUCUCAGCCCGGGCCUCAGCUCCAGCCACCAUGGACUUCCAAGUGCCCGCGCUCCGCGCUUGGGACGACUUCUUCCCGGGCUCCGACCGCUUCGCGCGCCCCGACUUCAGGGACAUUUCCAAAUGGAACAACCGAGUGGUCAGCAACCUGCUCUACUACCAGACCAACUACAUGGUGGUCGCGGCCAUAGUGAUCUCCAUCGUGGGGUUCCUGAGUCCCUUCAACAUGAUUCUGGGGGGCUCGGUGGUGGUGCUGGUGUUCACGGGCUUCGUGUGGGCCGCCCAGAAUAAAGACGUCCUUCGACGCCUGAAGAAGCAGUACCCCACCACCUUCGUCAUGGUGGUCAUGCUGUCCAGUUACUUCCUCAUCUCCUUCUUUGGUGGGGUCAUGGUCUUUGUGUUUGGAAUCACCUUUCCUCUGCUGCUGAUGUUCAUCCAUGCUUCCUUGAGACUUCGGAAUAUCAAGAACAAACUGGAAAAUAAAAUGGAAGGCAUAGGCUUGAAGAAAACCCCCAUGGGCAUCAUCCUUGAUGCCCUGGAGCAGCAAGAAGACAGCUUCAACAAGUUUGCUGAUAUAAUCAGCAAAGGAAAAGAAUAAGCGUCUAUAGCCUGACGUUCAUUAAAUCCGUGGCAGGAAUAGUUUUGUUUUUUUCCUUUGCUCCUGUCCAGAACUCGCUUCCUGUGUGUGUGUACGAAAUGUGAGGUGCCCAUAGAGAGAGCCCUAAGUGAGACGUAACUAGGUGGCAAGAUGCGGGUAGGCCAAACCAUAUCCAACUCUUGACAUUGUGGAGAGGAGGAGAACCCAACCAAAAGCCACCCACUCGCUUCCUUUUAUGUCCUAAGACAUUUUUAGUCUUUUAGUCUGUACUUGUUUAGACAAACUGAGCAAAACCUGUCUUUCUUCAUGGGUAUAAAAAUGACCCUUGAUUCUUUGUUAUAAUGAACAUAUUUCUAAGUAUUGAUCAGUGUUAAUAAUGUCUAAUGCAAUGAUAAAUAUUGUUUAUAUCUUAAAGGAGUCCAAAACAGCCUUAAGAAACAAAUAAAAAUAGGGAGGUAUAUACAGGUGAAUAGAAGUGUCUGUUAAUUAGAAUAGAUAACAUAAGACAUACCUCUUCCCCUACCCCUCCAAACCUUGGGAUGGAAAGCUUUUGUAUGUAAAUUGCUUAUUAUUCUCUUUUAAGAGCUGAGUUCAUGUAUUGCUUUUUCUUUCUGCUUGAUUCCAUGCAUUGAAAACUGGAUAAACACUCCCCACUCUGUUUACAGAUUUAAAGUCUGCUACGUGGGAAUCCCGCAAAAUAUGUUGUUGGGUUUCUAUAACUUCUUUAAGUUGGCGUAAUCGAUUUUGCACCAGCAAGCUUAUGCUACAAAAUGAGAAUGAGUGUUGCCUUUCUUCAAGAAGGCAGCUGUGUAACCUGUGUCAUGCUUGACCAGAUGCAUUAACAAAUCUUGAGCUCUACUGAGUACUAUUUAUAUUACUCAUAAAAGCUUUUUUGUGGUGGUUGUUCUAGGAAGGAUGGUGGAAAACUCACGUGAAUAAUUGGUUCUUGUUUGUUUGGUUUAGUUUUCCCCUUACCUUCUAAUUGUACCGUUUGGAACGCCGUGAAAUAAAUAUUCUGGAUAGAUAAUUCAUUUAAA